AUGAAUAAAGGAGUUACAUCUGGUGCAGUAUCUAUAUAUUUAGCGGAAAUAUCGCCCACGAAUUUGCGAGGAUCUAUGUGUUCAGCUCACCAAGUAAUGCUAAGCUUCGCUAUAUUAAUUUCGCAAUUAUUGGGAUUACCACAAGUUAUGGGCACAAGCCAGCUUUGGCCUAUAUUAUUCGCAUUAACCAUCAUUCCAGCAAUAAUUCAGAUAUCACUUCUCCCAUUUCUGCCCGAAUCUCCGAGAUAUCUUUUAAUAUACAAGGAAAAAGAGCAGAACGCGAAAAAAGCUCUCAUAAUUUUGAGAAAUUCUCCUGACGUAGAGGACGAAAUAGAACAAAUGAAAGUGGAAUAUCAGGAUCAAAAAAGAUUGCCUCCGGUAACUUGGGCUGAUAUGGUCAAGAAGCAGGUUUAUAGAAAACCUCUAAUAAUUGCUAGUGAGACCAGCAUAUCACAACAGUUAACUGCUAUAAGUGCGGUACUCUCAUACUCCACGGCAUUAUUUAUAUCAGCGGGAGUAGCCGUAGGAUAUGCUACAUAUAUAACCUUAGCUUUGGGGCUACUCUAUUUUUUGCUAUGCACCUUGUCUUUAUUGAUUAUAGAGAAGGCAGGGAGAAGGACAUUAUUCUUAACCGGAUUGGGUGGUAUGUGGUUCUGCACAUUAUUAAUAACCAUAAGUCUGGGUAUUGGAAAUAGACAUGGGUUAGAAUGGGUCUCUUUACUAGGAGUUGUUUUCAUAUUCGGCUAUGUAGGAUUUUGCGCAAUUGGACCAAGUGUGAUCGCGUGGUUCAUUCCAGCUGAAUUAUUUACCCAAUCAUCGAGACCAAAAGGAAUGAGUAUAGCAGUGGGAUUCAAUUGGCUCUCUAGCUUCUUGGCCGUGUUUUUGUUUCCUAUAUUAUUGUCGGCAUUACAGGAUUACAUAUUUCUGGUGUUCACGGUAUUACUGGCCCUUUUUUGGCUUUUUACAUACAACUAUCUGCCAGAAACGCAAGGUAGAACGUCAGACGAAUUAGCCAGACUCUUCAUGACCCCUUCUGAAAUCAAUAGAAUUCACAAAUUUUGGCGAAAUUAUCACUUUCGAAAGCCGCGAACUCAUCCCCAUCGUCAUAAUCAUGACCAUGAUACUCGAUUAUAA